AUGAUCCUCAUAUCCCUCGCCCCCGAGUCUCCCUGGUGGCUCAUCCGCCGCGGCCGCAGGGAAGAAGCCCUCCGCUCGAUCAAGCGGCUGGGCGCCAAAACCGAAGAGCAGGCGCAGCAGUCGCUCGCCAUGAUUGAGCGUACAGUGGAAAUCGAACAAGAACAAAUGGGCGGUUCGCCACCUGCCUCGUCCGGCGUAGCCCCCUACAAAGCCUUCCAACUCAACCUCAUAACAACAAGCCUGCAACUCGCCGCAAACACCGGCUCCUGGUUCCUGACCUCGCGGUCCCGGCGCCGCACAGUCUACCUCUAG